AGUGUUUUGGUGCUGACAUUCGGAGCUCAGGGUCUGGGACGCGCUGUCAGUUUUCUGCCUUCAUUAAAUGAAGCUGUGGAAGGUGCGAAGAAAAUAUUCGCUACCCUCGACCGUCGGUCUAGACUGCCAACGAACGAAGGUGAAGAACCGGAUAUUGCUGUUCGUGGAGAAGUCGAAUUUCGCAACGUGCACUUCAGAUAUCCAACGCGUCCAGGUUUCGAAGUGCUGAAGGGCUUCGAACAUUCUGUCAAGAGCAAGACCAACACAGCCUUUGUCGGUCAAUCGGGUUGUGGGAAGUCGACUUGCCUACAGCUUAUCCAGCGGCUAUAUGAUGCUGAUAAUCUUGGUCAGCAGAGUGGCAUUUUCCUGGACGGUAUAAAUGUACGCCAACUUAAACCCGCCUGGAUUCGCCGACAUAUUGGUAUCGUCUCCCAGGAACCAAAUCUCUUUGACAUGAGCAUUCGAGACAACAUUGCUUAUGGCGCACUGGACAGGGAGGCCACUAUGGAGGAGAUAAUUGCGGCAGCCAGAGGUGCCAAUAUACAUGACUUCAUACAGAGCCUUCCAGAGGUAUGGCCAAAAAGCGCGCACUACUACACUAGUGCAUAUAAAUUUGGCUGA